AUGAAGAUUGUGUCGGUUGUGCUUGUACUUAUGCUGUUCGGUACGGUCUGUAGCAGCUAUGCCAUCGACUGUAUGGAUGUUUGGGAUGAAGAAAGUAUUGCGGAAAUGAUCGAGGACGAUAGACAGUACGAGGAAUCGCUCAAAGCUGGACACGAUCACCACGAGGAAGAUGACGAUGACGAUGAGCAUCCUGUAGACAAUGAGGAUGCAAUUCUGGGAGACACAGAUGAAGACGAUGAAGAUGGUGGAGACCAUCAGGCACACGAGCAUCACGGAUCGCAUGUACGACAUGGGGCAUCAGAGCAUCGACACAAGCGCGAAUCUCCAGUGGACGACCAACCCGGUGUACAAGGAGAAGCAAUCAACGAGGAACCAUCCGACCUGGAGACCGCUGAAACGCAUCUCUUCCGGCCAGUCUUUCGAUACAAAUCUCAGUACGCGGAAAGACGACGAGUGAGAACAUCGAAUGGAGGUGUCAAUUUUGUUCCUUCGCAAUAG